UUUCUGUGUUAACAGCCACUGUUCAGGUGCCACCCUCGGUGCUAUGGAAACCUUUUUUAAGAGGCACUUCCAGAGGAAGGGGCUCUCGGGGUCGCGGCGUGCCAGCGUGGUGGCGGUGCCCACGGGUAAAGCCAGGCGACGCUCCCAAGUGGGCCUGCCCUCCGCCUCGCUGGCCCAGCGCCGCGGCAGGUCCAGUACCGCGCUGCCGGCCCUCUCCUGCCUGGGCCGGCCCCAGCAGGCCAGCCCCAGCUCCCGGCGCCGCUCCAGCACCACGCCGCCGUGCCUCAGCCCCCGCUUCGCCGUGCAGAAGAAGCGCGGGGGCCAGGUGCGAUCCAUCGAUACCCACUUGAUGGGCCCUUCCAUGCUCCUGGCCAGCCUUGUCCAAAUGAGAGAGGAAGGGAAAGGGGUGCCCUGUGCCGGCAGCUCCGGAUCCGAGUCACUGGAGGACAGCGGCGGCAGGGAGGAGAGCGUGGCCGCUGGGGGGACGGAGAGGGGCAGGCGCGGGUGGCGGGCUGAGGAGACCUGGCUCUCCAUGCUGCCCGUGCUGCGGCCCCUCCGCGCUAGGCCACUGCUGAGGGGCCCCCGCUGCCUGCGUCGCAGGUCUUCCCAUCUCCUGCCCGCCGAGUUCGUGUACGGCAGGGCUGCCUACGGCCUGCAAGGGCGCUACCGCCGCCUCAGCCAGCGCCGGCGGUCGAGCGAUGCUCUGGGGCCCGGGACGCUGCUCUCCUCAGGCCGAGCGUGGCUGCUCCCCAGGAUGCGGAUGGGUACAGCCAGAGCCAGGCACCCUCCUGCUGCCCUCUCCGAGUGCCUGGGACUGGAGUCCGCCUGCCCUGCCGCCCCCGACAGCUGGAGCCCCAGGCUGCUAAAAGCUAUUGCCAAGUCCAGCCUCCAGCACAUGGUAGCCCCGCCAAAUCCUGCACUAGCCAUGAGGAGCGAUUCGGAAAGGCAGAUACGCAGCACUGUGGACUGGAGCGAGACUGCAGUCUAUGGGGAGCACAUCUGGUUUGAGACCAACGCCUCUGGGGAUUUCUGCUAUGUUGGAGACCAGAACUGUAUGGCGAAGAUGCUGCAAAAACCACUUUCCAGACGUAAGUGUGCAGCCUGCAAGAUUGUAGUGCAUACACCCUGCAUAGAACAGCUAGAGAAAAUAAAUUUCCGCUGCAAACCUUCCUUCAGGGAGUCAGGAUCACGGAAUGUACGGGAGCCCAUAGUUGUCCGGCAUCACUGGGUGCACCGGAGACGGCAGGAAGGGAAAUGCCGGCAGUGUGGCAAGGGUUUCCAGCAGAAGUUUGCCUUCCACAGUAAAGAGAUUGUAGCCAUCAGCUGUUCCUGGUGCAAGCAAGCGUAUCACAGCAAAGUGUCAUGUUUCAUGCUGCAACACAUCGAAGAGCCCUGCUCACUAGGGGCUCACGCGGCUGUCGUCGUUCCUCCCACCUGGAUUCUGCGGGUCCGACGGCCCCAGAAUCCAUUGAAGUCUAGUAAGAAGAAGAAGAGGGCAUCGUUCAAACGGAAAUCCAGCAAAAAGGGGGCUGAGGAGGGGAGGUGGAAACCCUUUGUCAUCAAGCCUGUGCCAGCUCCUCUCAUGAAGCCCUUGCUGGUGUUUGUGAACCCCAAGAGCGGUGGUAAUCAGGGAGCCAAGAUCAUCCAAUCCUUCAUGUGGUAUCUCAACCCACGGCAAGUUUUCGACCUCAGCCAGGGUGGACCCAAAGAGGCGCUGGAGCUGUACCGGAAGGUCCACAACCUGCGGAUCCUGGCAUGUGGGGGAGACGGCACGGUGGGCUGGAUACUCUCCAUUCUUGACCAGCUGCGCCUCAACCCACCUCCUCCUGUGGCCAUCCUACCUUUGGGGACUGGGAAUGACUUGGCCAGGACUCUGAACUGGGGUGGGGGUUACACAGAUGAGCCUCUGUCCAAGAUCCUGUCACACGUGGAAGAUGGGAAUAUUGUGCAGCUCGAUCGCUGGAACCUCCAUGUGGAACCAAACCUUGAGGCAAACCCUGAGGAGAAGGAUGAGGCGGCCACAGAGAAGCUUCCCUUGGAUGUUUUUAAUAACUACUUCAGCCUUGGCUUUGACGCACGGGUGACCCUGGAGUUUCACGAAUCCCGAGAGGCAAAUCCAGAGAAAUUCAACAGCCGAUUUCGGAAUAAAAUGUUCUAUGCUGGGACGGCUUUCUCUGACUUCCUCACGGGGAGCUCCAAAGAUUUAGCGAAGCACGUCAAGUUGGUUUGUGAUGGGACAGACCUGACCUCCAAGAUCCAGGACCUGAAGCCCCAAUGCCUAGUCUUCCUCAACAUUCCCAGAUACUGUGCAGGCACCAUGCCCUGGGGCAAUCCUGGGGAGCACCACGACUUCGAGCCACAGCGCCAUGAUGAUGGCUGCAUCGAAGUAAUUGGCUUCACCAUGACAUCCCUGGCUGCCUUGCAGGUGGGUGGCCAUGGGGAGCGACUGUGCCAGUGCCGGCAGGUGGUUCUCACCACAUCCAAGGCCAUCCCCAUGCAGGUAGACGGGGAGCCCUGCAAGCUGGCAGCUUCCUGCAUCCACAUUUCCCUGCGCAACCAGGCCAACAUGGUGCAGAAGACCAAGCGGCGCAACUCCAUGCCUCUACUCAAUGACCAGCAGCCAGUGCCUGAGCGGUUGCGAAUCCGUGUGAGCCGAAUCAGCAUGCACGACUAUGAGGUGCUGCACUACGAUAAGGAAAAGCUCAAGGAAGCCUCUGUGCCACUGGGGAUCAUUGUGGUUCCAGGAGACAGUGACCUGGAGUUGUGCCGGACCCAAAUUGAGAGGCUGCAGGAGGAUUUCCCUCCACAGCCCUUUGCUUUACAGCGCCUGCUCUUUGAGGAAGGGGAUGGAGCCAAACCAAAGACUCUGUCAUCCCAAAAGCUGUCCCCAAAAUGGUGCUUCCUGGACUCAACUACGGCGGAUCGUUUUUAUAGGAUAGACCGUGCACAGGAGCACCUCAACUAUGUAACGGAGAUCUCUCAGGAUGAGCUCUUUGUGCUGGACCCAGAGCUGGUGAUCACCCAGACUGUGGGCACCUCUCCUGCCAUGCCUGACGUCGUUGACUCAUCUUCCACUCCCACUGAGCAUCAUUUUGCAUUCCCUUCCUCUUCCUCCCCUCCUCCCUCCUCUCCUGCCCCCAGUGUGGACACUGGGCUCUGCCUCCCGCAUAAAGAUGACCUUCUGAUAGAAGCUGCCAAGAGUGGCAACUUCAGCCAGUUCCAGGAGCUGCACCGGGCUGGAAGAGACUUGAUGGUGCGAGAUUCCUCAGGACAGACCGUCCUCCAUCAUGCUGUCAAAUCAGGGAGCAAGGAUAUUGUCAAAUACAUCAUUGAGAACGCCCCUUCAGAUAUCCUGGAUGCCACAGAGGAAGAGAAUGGCGAAACCAGUUUGCACCAGGCCGCAGCCUUACGCCAGCGCACUAUCUGCCACUACAUUGUGGAGGCCGGGGCUUCACUCAUGAAGACAGACCUGCAGGGAGACACUCCCAAGCACAGGGCUGAGAAGGCCAACGACCCCGACUUGGCUGCCUACCUCGAGAACCGACAGCACUACCAGAUGAUCCAGCGGGAGGACCAGGAGACAGCUGUGUAGUGCUCAGUGUGCCUUAGCCCAAGCCAGCUCAGGCAAGACAAGAAGAGGACAGCAACUGGCAGAGCUGUGAGUCUGGCCCAGCCCUCCCUAGAUCUUCGCCUGGUCCCAGAAGAGAUGGGGACAGCAGAGCUCUGCCUCAGGCAGGGCUGGGACUCUAUUUAUUAGGACAGUGGGUAUUUGGGAUUUGAAACCCAGUUCUUCAUGUGUCCCUGCUUUGUUCUUCCUCCACCACGUUCCCUGCUAUGGAUGGGCUCCAUCCCACAGGGCCUGUUGCAGCAGGCAAAGGAUGAAGCCCUCUCUCUCCCUUGCACAUGGGAGUGAUACCAGUGUCCCCAUACGCUAUCGCCUGUGAUCCUUGUGGGAUAUUGUUGCUCAGCCCCCUCUCCCUGCCAGUGGUCUGCCCUCCAUUGCACACUUUGCUAGGCUCACAUCCAGUUCCUUCCGUCCUUCCCAGUACAGCCAUGGGAGGUGUAGACUGUGCUGGGCAGGCUGCAGGAUGGCCUGCGUGGGUGCUGUGGGCCAAAGGGAAGCACCAUGAUUCUUGCUCCUCUUCCCUCCUGUUGGUCUGGGUCUAUCCUAUUGCCCUGCUGGGGCCCUUUGGUGGCGAGAGAAAAGUCCAUGACAUGUUUGAGACAUGCACCCAACCUUUCCCCAGAGCAACUGGGGCUGAGUGCUGGGGCUGCUCUGCUUCCAGACCCUGCCUUUCUGGUUGCUUUGUUUUCAGUGCUUUGCCAGUCCACAAUCUGGCAUAGGAUAGGUAUGGUCUGGAUGGAGCCCUCCAGACUCUCCAUCCUUCAGAGAGCUGUGUGGGGGCAGCUGGUGCACGUGGCUGGCUGCUGGGCCUCUCUUUGUGACUGUGCUGUACUGUAGCCAUGGUGGAGAGCCACGCUUGGCCGGGGCAGUGGUGUAGAGGCUCUUAUAUUUCCCUAAUGUUCUUUUUAGCUGACUUGGAUACAGCUGCCCUCUCUGCUUCAGCUCCAGCACAACAUUAGGAGUGACACUCAGCUCCUAAUGGCAGCAUUAGAGGCAGCACCAGAGUCAGUGCUACUCUCAGGGGUUCCCCCCACUCCUCCCCAACCUGUGAACUUGCAUCCUCUGAGCGUGACUUCUGCCACCCCCCUCAAAAGUGGAUAUAAGGCUUUGCUGGGAAAGCUGUGGGAGCUCACCCAGACACAGGUUUCCUAGGCAGGAUGCCUCUCCAGUUUUAGCAGAAAGAAGGAUUUGGUUGCCUAGAAAGAAAACAUCAGGGAUCCCAGAGUUUUCAUGUGUGCAGUGGGAUGGCAUUUCUUGUACCACCUGCCAUAGGGCGCAAGGGCACCAUGGCCCAUCUCCCCUGUAGAUACAAUGUAUGCUGCAGUAGUACAGCAGAGCUGGAGCAAGCUUUUGAAGCACCAACAGUCUCUGAGAUCAAGAGGUGCCAGCACAUGAAGUGAGCAAGAAGCCCUGGAGGUAGUGUACCUGCUUGGCAUGUUCAGGUGGGAGGCAGUUGUGGAACCAGUCUAGGUUGCUGCUUGCAGGGUACUAUUGCUGCCCCAUGCGGUCUGUGUGGACCUCACCAUCAUCCUGAGCUCAACCAGGGUGUGAGUCUUCACAGCAAGCUGUGGCUACUGUGUAGUGUUAGGUGACACCUUUCAAAUCUUUCAUAAUGCCAAUACCAAAAAAGUAUCACAAUACCACUGAGAACCACGAUAGCAUUGCGGCUUUUGGUCGGGGAGGCAGGGAGUUAUCCUAGAGGACCAGGGGAGUUGUGGCAGAGAAUAGAGGCGUACCUGGGGCCAGGGCAGUGCAGAGUAGAGUGCAAAGGCUUCUGUCAGGGAUCCAGUAGUACUAUCAGCAAUUAAUAACAUUAGUAUCCCAGUGCAUUUAGAGCUGCAGUACUCCAGCAGCAUCAGAAUUAGCCAGCAGUGCUGCUCACUAGCAGCAGAAAAACAAGGCACAAUUGUCUUCUCAAAGGUGCAAACUGCUGCCCCCCAGCCAGGACGCCCAACCUGGGCUGGAAAAGUUUACAGCCCCAGCUUGCCCCCCACCAUCUGCCUUUCUCCCUAGUUUUAUAUGUUCCCUUAGUUUUUGUACAGGUAGUUCAGAGACACACUGUCCCCCUCCCCGCCUGGCCCCUCUGUGCACGUGUGAGCUGAGUUGCUGUGCAAUUCCAAGCCUGGCUUGUUUUUAGGCGGAGGGGGUGUUUUGUAGCUCUGCCCGUGGAGGGCAGAGGUUCUGUGCAAUACCUGGUUCUGUGUUUCCUAGAUGCUGUUGUAGGACUGUAUUUUUGUAACUCCGUAAGGGUGCCAGCUCUAUCAGGCUGAUGGCCUGGCAUGAGCCUGUGUUCCCAUUGCUUUUCAACUUUGACUGUUUGGAUGUUGUUGUUUCUUGCCAUUGAAAUAAAAAGAUGGAUGUUUUC